CGAAACUCGUACAAACAGAGCUUUCUCUCUCCUAAAUAAAACAUAAACAAAGUUGUUCAAGUUCAUGAUGCUUUGACUCUUCCUUUUGAUUUCGUAUAAUUACACAAGAAAAGGAAAGUUAAUAAUUCAAACACAGCCUUGUAAAGAAAACCAGAAACUAAAAUCCAGAGCCGCCUCUGUUUCACAGAUAAAAAAGCUGCACACUUGCUAGCUAAACAACAAGAACCCAUUAGAACUGUUUUGUUAUUUAUAACAAAGGUUUUCUCAUCUGGGUCUGCUUUAUUUCUCUGUAUUAGUACCUGGGUUUUCUUCAUUUUCUCAAUCUAUUUACUACCAGCUGUCAGAUAGUUUACCAUGGACUGGUAUUUUGUGAGCAGUGAUGAACUAUCCGAUAGGUUUCCUUCACCAGAAAGUUGGGCGGAAUGGGGAAUAAGUGAGCCUGAAAGUUUCAACUUUCCUAACAAAGUCUCUGCGGUUGAUGCAAGUUUGACUCAGGAAGAACUCAACUUUAAUGGUGAAAAUCUCUGUAGUGAAGUUGAGAUGGAAAGUUCCACCUAUGAUAAAGAUCAGACUAGUUCAACAAGUACGGGUGGAGAAUUUUCAGCAGAGUUUCUUCACCGAACUGCUCUUUCAUGUGACCAGCUGGCUUACCAGCUCGAUGGCCUUGCACAAUUCGAUCAGAUGGAUGACCUAUUCUUGAGUUCAUUAAUUGAAGAUCUUCCCAGGACCGAAAAUGUUCAGGAUUCAUUUUGUUUUGAGCCAGAAUUGGAAAAUGAUAUGGUACAUGGUGAUAGUAUCUUGACAGACAUGAAUUUAGAUACACCCAGUAUUUCUAGUGAUACGCAGAGUGUGGGAAGCUCCAAGUAUCUCAAAAUACAUGCAUUUUCUCCAUCGAUGGAGAAAGAGAAAAUUUCUGGUCUGCAGUUUGUUCCAUGCAAUUCAGAAGAAAAGCAUUGCCGACUAAUAACGGCACCACAUGUUGAAGUCCUGGUACCUUCUGAGCAUGACAGUAUAAAAGAAAAUGUGGAUGAGGAAACAUCUCUUGAAGAAUCUGUUUUACAGGAGAUGGAAAUGGUCAUGUCACAGUUGACUGACAAGACCCGGAUUUGCUUCCGUGAUGCCUUGUACCGUCUGGCCAAGAACUCGAGGCAGAAUGUGGUAACAAAGAACCAAAAUGGAAACCUUCAGUUGGCAAUAUCUCAGUGGACUGAUCAAGAUUGUAAAAUAAGGCCUAGAGAAAAGAAAACCAUGGAAUUGGAGACCAACACCAUAGACAGAGCCAUCGCAAACCUCAUGUUCAAUAAGAUGGACAUAAAUGUACAUGAUUACUCUGUCCAGAGAUCAACAACUUCCAAUCAAGAAAUUCUCAAGACAACAAGACCACGUAACUACAGCGUGAAUGAGCCACAAAUCCAUGGUCUUCCUUGUUAUUCAAAUUACUCGAGAGAUGCCGAAGGUCUAAUUCUGUGUCAAGGACACUCGCCAAAAAGGCAAUUCCCAACAUGAGGAUCUUGAGAAAUUCUGCAGACAAUGUAACAAGUUUAUGACGAUGUUUUGUUGAUGCUUGUAUCAAGCAAGAAAGCUUAAAGCUUGCGAAAUUCUUUGAAAUUCGUUUUCCUUUUUUAUGGUUCAGAGCAUUUCAGUUAGAUGGUGCUUACAAUUCUGCUAUUUGAUUGGCACCACAAAUAGAUUUAACUCUUGAAUGUAUAUAUCAAGUGAAUCAUUACAUUGGUAGUCUGUGUGCUAGGUUACAGAACUUGCUGCUUCACUCGGCUCAGUUUUGACCUUAUAUAGAAACAUAUAUAAACUAUUUUGUAAUGGA